AUGCGUGAUGGGGCUGACGUGACUGAGCGUGCAUUCGCUAGUGGGGCGAGGUCGCGAAGUUGUUUUGUAGAUGACAGGGAGUGGUGUGGAGAGUUGCUAGAUAUGAUGGGAGUAAUAGAUAUAUUGCGUGGAAUGGGAGAAACUCACGUUUCACAAAGAAAUCGCUCAACUGAACAACUGGAAAUUACACCGAAUGGGUCUUUGAACUCGUCUAAAUAUAUUGGGAAUGAACUGCUGGAUCACUACUUGAUCACAGUUGAAAACGGGUUUAAAGACGAAUAUUUCACACUACAACCUCACUGCAAGAUCAAUGAGAAACUCGUCAUCUCUCUAGCUGUUUGUUUAUCAGGGUAUCUACACAUUCUACUCUACUCGACUUUUUAA